AUAUCCGGCGCACACUACAUGCUAGAAUGACCAGUUCAGUCCAGGCUCGACGACUGAUUUUAUUAAAAACGAUUUCCUUAGAAAUACAACGCGCUGAGCUCAAAGCAGUCUUUUUUUUAUCAGUCAAACAGUGUCAUCUGUUGUCACCGUGCGCCACUGAACUGCAGGCGACCCCCUCGUGCCGCGCAGUAGUACGUCCCUCAGCUGGAGCGCGAGAGAGGUUCAGAUUGAGCGGAGAACGGGAGGAUUUAAAUACCUCUAAACGGGCGACCUGCUCAGCCCUUCGGGUGCGGGAGGGUGACUGUUUUGUGUCUUUUCUAGACCGGGGGAGCAGGGGGGUGGUGGUGGAGGAGGAGGAGGAGCGGAUAAUGAGCUAUUCUUGUACCAGCACAGGCAACAGCCAGGACCCAUCGUGCUCUAAGAAGUCCGGCGGCGUUAAUCCCGGUAGUUGCAGCAGCAGCGGAGACACCGGCAACGGCAAUAACCGCCACAGCAUCCGCGGCGGCAAAGCGAACUCGAACCCUGAUUUAUCCGAGGCCAUGAAAGUCAAGAAGGGCUGCAACACGGCAGACGUCGGGGUCCCCGUCACCACAGAGGAGGAACUGCUUGCGAACGAAACGAUCACCCCGGAGGAUGUGCUGGGACUGCAGAAGAUCACUGAAAGAAAGAAGUGAAAGUUUAAAAAAAGUUUUAGGAAAGAUGUGUAUAUUAAGUGUUUUAAUUAAAGUUCUAAUGAAGAUGAAGAAUGAACACCAAACAUGAUAAAUGUAUUUGGCUAC